UGAGGAACCAAAAUUGCUUCGAUCUGCAGCUUUCUAUUCACAGCCUGAGCUCAGGCCUCUAAAUAUGGGAUGACCACAGAGCAGACAUCUAACUUCUAGCAAGUUUUGUGACGAACAACUCAAACUAACCUCAAGACCAAUGGAGGCUACGCUUGUAGACCUGCUGAUCUGCAUCGACACCGGCAUAAGAAGUGUUAAGAUUCAGUAAGAGUGUCGUCAUUUGAAAGCAGAAGCACCUGUCAGCACUUCCUUUAAUGACAUUUCUCACCACCUAUGUGAGAGUGUGAGGUUUAGGUGUACAGAGAUGUGCGUCCUCUUCUCUUCAGAACAGGAUACACUCGCUUCUUAACUGGUAUGGACGCAAAAUGGAGACUGUUCUUGGUUCUGCUUCUGCCACUGACUGCGUGCGAAGUGACUAUAGUGAGAACCAUCGGGAGAGGACCAGACGUCACUGAAAUAUGUGUUAAUACUACACAGAGUAACAUCACACUCAUACUGUGUAAGAUCAGAACAGAAAGGAGCGGAGCAGAGUGUUUUCUGCUGUAUGAACCGAUAGAGAUCUUCGAGCAAACAUGUGACUCCAGGUUCUCUCUGAAGACGGAGAAUCAGACUGUGUUUCUCCACCUGAUUAAUUUAACAGCAGAGAACAGUGGGAACCACACCUGUGAAUGUUCUUAUACUGAGGGAACAUAUAUCUACCAUCUGAACAUCACUGUGGAAGAAGAUGGAGAGGAAAGCAGUUCAACACAAAUGCAGAUCCCAGGUAUUUUGAUUGGUGCAGCUGUAUUCAUCAUCAUAACUGCAGUUACCAUCUGGUGUGUCUGCAGGAGAAUACAUCAAGGUGUCUGUUCAAGGUCAGCCACAUCUAGAUCAUCUGCGUGUGAGAAUCCUGGCAAUUUGGAUGGAGAUGACCCCGAUGACCCCUACACAGCCCUCCAACAGCCAGACAGUGAUCUCUACCAGAGUGUCUCUAAUUCAGCCGGCAGAGAGACGGGUGCUUUGGAGAACCAGAAGAAACACGGCAGAGAGACUGAUGCAAGCUGCAAACUCUAUGCUAACGUUUAACCAAAGAUCAAGAGAACAGCACUGGAUCACAUGCUGGCAACUUUUGAGAUGAUCCUACAAUCAUAUCCUUUUUAACCAUAAACAAAUCAGCAUUUAUUAAAACUUGUCAGGUUUAAAGAUGGAUUUUUACAAAAGACAAAAAGAACAAUGAGCUACAAAAUUAGCAUAUCACUUGUUUUUAAAUCCUUGGGAUUGAUGUUUUUUGUAAAUGUUUCUUGUUCUCAGUCUUAGUUGAUGAACUAAUUGACAAAAAUGUAUUGUUUUUGCCAUGACUUCAGCUAUUGGUGUUUAAUUAUUGUAAUUUCAAAAUAAAUUGCAACUGCAUGAUUGCUAACUAAAUGAUUAAAACACCUUAAUAUUCGAGAACAGUGUGUUUGUUGAUGUGAACAAAGUGCUUGAAGUGAGAUAUGUUAAUGUAGCUUUUCUUAAAACUCUGCCAAAUGCAUUCGACACCCUGGUUUACUUGUUAAAGACGUGAGGAACCAAAAUUGCUUCGAUCUGCAGCUUUCUAUUCACAGCCUGAGCUCAGGCCUCUAAAUAUGGGAUGACCACAGAGCAGACAUCUAACUUCUAGCAAGUUUUGUGACGAACAACUCAAACUAACCUCAAGACCAAUGGAGGCUACGCUUGUAGACCUGCUGAUCUGCAUCGACACCGGCAUAAGAAGUGUUAAGAUUCAAACAGGAUACACUCGCUUCUUGACUGGUAUGGACGCAAAAUGGAGACUGUUCUUGGUUCUGCUUCUGCCACUGACUGCGUGCGAAGUGACUAUAGUGAAAACCAUCGGGAGAGGACCGGACGUCACUGAAAUAUGUGUUAAUACUACACAGAGUCCCAUCAUAAUGAUAGUGUGUAAGAUCAGAACAGAAAGGAGCGGAGCAGAGUGUUUUCUGCUGUAUGAACCGAUAGAGAUCUUCGAGCAAACAUGUGACUCCAGGUUCUCUCUGAAGACGGAGAAUCAGACUGUGUUUCUCCACCUGAUGAAUUUAACAGCAGAGGACAGUGGGAACCACACCUGUGAAUGUUCUUAUACUGAGGGAACAUAUAUCUACCAUCUGAACAUCACUGUGGAAGAAGAUGGAGAGGAAAGCAGUUCAACACAAAUGCAGAUCCCAGGUAUUUUGAUUGGUGCAGCUGUAUUCAUGAUCAUAACUGCAGUUACCCUCGGGUUCCUCUACAGAGAAGCACGUCAGAGACGACAACGACAACCCCAAAACACGGAAGAGGACAUAGAGCCGUACAGCACCUUCAUGCAGAGAGAGAGCGGGCUUUACUCAACCGUCAGGAUAAAUAUGAAUAAUCCCAAUAGUUCACAUGUUUCUGCCACAGAGGAAACUCUUUCUGGAAGCUUGUGAACAAACUGUUUCCCACAAGAGGACACUGUUUUACUUUGUGAAUAAUCCUGUAUCCCAAGGGAGUGGAAUGACUGCAAUUGUUAGAAUGAAUUCACUGUUAUUAUAUCACACUGUAAAAAAGAUAAACUGUCUUAGAAAUAAACAGUACAAACUAA